GCUAACGACUGUAACCAAGGUGUAAUAAGUGGUUAAUUAAUGGAUAUUGGUCCAAAAGCUCAUUCUUAGAAGCUCUCCGGCAGGCCUAUCUGACAACAGUCAGAUUCAGUCUGGAUAUGGCGUCGCUGCACCGACAGAGGAUGAAUUUUCACCUCCUCUCCGUGGGAAUUUGCCAGUCGCGUACCGGGACUGCACUUCUUGGUUUUUGUUAAUAGGGAUCAUACAUGGCGAUGGAGGACGAGGACAAUCACACAACGGCCGUGGCCACUAACACCCAAACGGGCAUCAAGAAAGGAGGUGAUGUCGGAGAUAACGGGGCUUGCAUAGACAGGCAACCGGACACGGUGGUCCACCAAGCGGGGCUGAAUCAGACUGCAGGUCGCGGCAGCCGCAGUGGUCCGGGAGCUCAUGCUGCAACGGGGAUCCGAGUGCUAAAGCGCAACAUGAAGCGGAAUGGGAGUCGUGGCUGUGUGACAAGAAAGACCAGAUUUGGAUCACGAGAGCGGGACUGGCUAAAAGGGGACACCCAGCGGGGCUGUGUGUGCCUGUAUGGGGGCACAGUGGACCCCCAACCACCUGCCUCCGGCCCACAGGCCUCCUCCACCCCUCAGACAGACCUGCAGUUGGUGCUCUGCUCCACCAGUACUACAGUGGAGGACCUGUGUGCUCAGAGGGACGGAAAGGGACUCUAUGUUCAGCUUCAUGGAGACCUAGUCAGGAGGCUGGACCCCACUGAGCGUCCGCUCCAGAUGGUGUAUGAUUACCUGGCAGCUAUGGGCUAUGCAGACCCUGUACGAGUACAGCAAGAAGCAGCCAACUCAGACCUCAGCUGUUUGAUCCGUUUCUACAGUGAGCGUCCAGUGAAUGCAGACCAACAGGAACGGACCCUGCUGAAAGGCGUAUUCAGUGUCAGGAAGGGCAAGUCUCAGCUGCACAAGUGGGCAGAGCGGCAGGUCAUCCUCUGCGGCACCUGUCUAAUCGUGGCCUCCGUCAAAGACAGCCUUACUGGGAAGAUGCACAUCCUGCCCUUGGUGGGAGGAAAGGUGGAGGAGGUGAAGCGGAGGCAACACUGUCUGAUGUUCAGCUCAGCUGGAUCACAGGCGCAGACAUACUUUGUCAACUUUGACACACUCGCAGAUUACCAGCGAUGGCAUCGGCAGGCAUCAAAAGUGGUGUCUCAGACAGUCAGCCUGGUGGACCUGUCCUGCUAUAGUCUGGAAGCGGUGCCUGAAUAUCUCUUUUACAGUCAGGAUAUCACCCACCUCAACCUGCGACACAACUUCAUGAGCAUUCAGGGGUCUGGAGGCCUGCUCAACCUCCCCAGGUUUUCUCAACUGAAGAGCCUGAACUUGUCUCACAACCGUCUGGGUGUGUUUCCUGAGUGUGUGUGUGAGAUCCUCACCCUGACUGAACUCAACCUCUCCUGUAAUAGUCUCCAGACCAUCCCUGUACAGAUAGGCAACCUUCAAAGCCUGCAGACUCUGUCUUUGGAUGGAAACCACCUCAGCACCCUUCCAGAAGAGCUGGGUGGCCUGUCCCAACUCAACAGCCUGGGGCUUUCCUUCAACAACUUCUCUCACAUCCCUGCUGUGCUGGAGAGAUUGAGUGCAGUGGACAAGUUAGCCAUGGCUGGGAACAGAGUGGAGAGUCUGGAAUUGUGUACUCUGGCUAGAAUGAGCCACCUGAAAAACAUCGACCUCCGAUUAAAUGGGCUGCGCUGGGUGAAAAGUGAGAGUAUGGAGACGGUGAACCAGGUGACCCAGCUAGACUUAAGGGACAAUUGCUUGGACUCACUAGACCUGAGCUGUGUCUGUAAUCUGGAGACUCUGCACUGCCAGCGCAACCAACUAGGGACACUCACACUCAGCGGUUUUACACUCCGCAUGAUUCAAGCCAGCAACAAUCGCCUUACAACAGUCAACAUCUAUCCAGUCCCUAACCAGCUGACACACAUGGACGUAUCACAGAACCUUUUGGAGUAUCUUCCGGACUGGGUGUGUGACUGCAGAAAAAUUGAGAUGCUGGACGUCACGCACAACCUCCUGUCCGAGCUCCCUUCCAGACUACUCAACAGCUUGAGUUUGAGAAAGCUGCUGGCGGGGAACAAUCGUUUGCAGAGAGUGCCUGACCUACUUGACCACAUCCCUCUGGAAGCCCUAGACCUCCAGCACAACAAGCUAGCCGAGCUCCCUGAGAGUCUGUUUUACAAGGCCUUAAACCUAAAAUACUUAAAUGCAUCAGCCAAUGCCCUGGAAAAUAUUCCUCCCAGCAGCCAAUCGGAGGAGAGCCUCAGCACACUCCAGGAGCUCUACCUGACAGGGAAUAACCUGAACGAGAACUGCGGUGCUCUUUUGGUUGGACACCAGAACCUGCGGGUCCUUCACAUCGCUUACAACCAGCUGCUCUCCUUCCCUGCCAGUAAACUGAGUAAGCUGGAGCAGCUGGAGGAGCUAAAUCUAAGUGGCAACAAGCUAAAGACUAUCCCCUCCACGGUGUCCAGCUGUAAGAGACUGCACACCCUCAUAGCACACUCCAACCACAUUACUGUCUUCCCAGAGAUUCUCAACCUGCCUGAGAUCAAGCUUGUAGAUCUAAGCUGUAAUGAGCUGACAGAGAUCCAGCUGCCAGAUUCGCUGCCUGCCACUCUGCAAGAGCUCGACCUGACAGGCAACAGCACCCUGAUGCUGGAACAUAAAACCCUCAACCUCUUCAGUCACAUCACCACCCUGAAAUUAGACCAGAAGUCCACUGCGACAGCAGGAGACUCACAGAGUGCCUCCACUCCAUGGAACCACGGUUACUCUGAAAUGAGCGGCCAAAGGAACAAGUUGUGUGUGUCUGUGCUGGCUGUAGACCGCUUUGGAGACGGUGUGGAAGCUUGUUAUGGUAUCUUUGAUGGAGACCGCAACGAGGAAGUGCCUCGGCUGCUGCAGUGCACCAUGGGAGAUGUGCUGUGCGAGGAGCUUCAGCACUCCAGUGUCGACAAGGUCUAUAUGAGCAACACUUUUCUCACCUCACACAGGAAACUAGGUAUGGCUGGUCAGAAACUGGGUGCGUCUGCCUUGCUGUGUUAUAUUCACCACGAGCCUUCAGAUCCAGGAGGCAACUUCAGCCUCACCGUGGCCAAUGUGGGCAGCUGCCAGGCAGUGUUGUGCCGGGAUGGCCGACCUGUACCUCUCUCUAAGGUUUACAGCUUGGAGAACUGCACUGAGGAGAUGGAGAGGGUUAAGCUCAGCAAAGCCAUUAUUACCGAGGAUAACAAAGUGAGUGGAGUGACAUGCUGCUCUCGCCUGCUGGGCUGCUCUUAUCUGUCUCCCUGGGUGCUUCCAAAGCCCUGGGUGCACACUGAGCCUCUCUGUUCCCAAGAUGAGUUUUUGAUCCUGGGGAAUCGAGCGCUGUUUGAACGUGUCUCCUACCAGGAGGCCGUGUGCACUGUGCAGGCCGUACGGAAUCCUCGCGCUGCUGCCAAGAAGCUGUGUUCACUCGCCCAGAGUUAUGGUUGCAAGGACAACAUCGAGGCUGUGGUGGUAUCCUUACAUAUCAUUGAAGACAGCUGUACCUGUGAGCCGCCAGUCUCCACCACUGAACCACGGGGUCCCCCUCCCGCCCCUGUGCCUCUGUCCGUGACCCCAGGCCCUACUGACACAGCCGCCCUUUCAUCCAGCAGCGGCAUUGUCUCUGAGUUCAACAGUGAGACAUCAGCCUCAGAGGUGGGCAGCGAGGCGGGGUCCACUGCUUCAGAUGAGCACCCGUCCACUGGCCCUGCAUCCCGCCCAGAGAGACGCUGUAGCCUACAUCCUGCUACUACACUGUGUGGGAUUAUGGUACCAGGCUCAGCUGGGACAGGAACCCACCCAGGCCUAUUUCAGCGGCAGCCCUCCUGCGCUACGUUCUCGAGUAAUCAGUCUGAUAAUGGUCUGGACAGUGAUGACGAAGCUCCGCUUGAGGGCGUUAUCUCCAAUGGCAGCAAGUUAGAAGUAGAGGUAGACAUUCACUGCUGUGCUUUCCAGAUACGGUCAGGUGCCCCUGAGAGCCCCAAAGACUUGGACCUUGAUAAGCGCGGCUCCGACUAUCCCAAUGGUAAAAUGCGCAGACAGAACAGUGUGGUGGUUUCUGCUACAAACGGCUGCCUGUUGGCUGUAUGCGGAAGAGAGAUUGCCGACCUCAAGAAGUCUCCUUCCACAUCCAGCCUGUUUGGGAAGAAGCUCUCCAAUGGCUCUGUGGUUGCCCCUGAAGAUAGUCAUAAUCUAAUAGAGGUGGCCCUGGAGGCUCCUAAGAAAAAGUCUGGCUACUUCACUGCCCCAGCACAGCAGGACCCUGAGGACCAGCUCAUUGUCCCUCCUUGUCUAGAGCAGGAAGUUAGGGAGCAACUACGGGGCCAGAGCCCUCUCGUCUCAGGCUUACCAUCCAUACCCCCCUGCUUAAAAGACCCUGUGUGGGAUCAUCCACACCCUCCUGCGUUUGCCUCCAGCUUGGUCCCAGGCCCUGGCCCUGUUCCCAUCCUACAGCAGGAAGUCUACGAUACCGCCCUCUAGAGGGGGGACACAACACAGCGCCAUGUGGCAACAGUUCUGAGAUUGUGCCAUUCAAGAGAAGAAGAGAUUUUUCUCACACGUGAGAUAUUCUAACUCAAGUUGCCAUUCAGCUCUUUUGUGAGGACAAGACAAAUCUGUGGGACACUAUUAACGUGAGGUAAAAGGGGGUUUCUGUGCAUGGCCUGAGUAUCCAAGAAAGUAGGGGCGACCAAGAUCCCAGUUCAUAACAUGACGUUGUGAAAAGAAUGGUUGGCUAUCAUAGACCAAAAGACUUGAAAUGGGAUACCUCACGUGUUUAAACAUGUUAGCAACAUUUCCCUUUACUUGGAAAGCAAGCAAUCUAGAGGGUGUGUUUAGUGAGGUCAAAUCUCCUCUCCAGGGGCUCCAUGGUCUCUCAGGUCCUGGAGAGAAGCCCUGUGACCGAAACUUGAAAAAGUGCCUACUGCAGACGACUCAGCCUAGAGUUCGGCGACAUCCAGGCUGUGUUUGGGGAUGUGAGCGUUUUACUUAAAUUCGGAGGAGGGACGGUGUCUCCAAGAGAGUAGCACUGGCACAGCUCCUGCUCGCCUCCUCUUCCUGUGGCUUUCAAAGGAAAUCAGACAGUAUAAAUGCUUGUAAGGCACAUAGGACUAGAAGAUGUGAAGACAAAAUAAUUGCAUUAACAGUACAUUGCCAGAAACGUUAUGGCUGGGUUUUAUUUUUUAACAUUCCCACACAGUAUGUAUAGAAUCUUCUAUAUAGGAUAAAUUUAUUCUAUACAGUAUAGUACACUCACAACUAGCAGCCAACCGAUGCGCUGUGCUUGAGCUGCUGACAUCAAGAUUGAACAGUGUUGCUAUUUAGAGCAAUGCAUUUUGAAUAUCUGUCAAAAAAUAAUAUCAAAGUCAUUCAACUGUACAGAGAGCUGUGUUGUAGAAUUCAAAGACCCAUUCAACAGUAUAAUCUGCGACAGUGCAUGAUCGAAUGAUAUCCUUAAGAACAACAUAGGAAAAUAAAGGUUUCAUUUAAAUUGUGGAACGGAGACCCCAGGAUGUUUGGAUAUCACCUAAUUUUAUUUGAAUAAAACAGUCAAGGCACAAAAGUGAAUUAUUACAAAAGAUGAAGAUUAUGAUUAGAUGCAGUAUUUUAUGUACUGUAUGUCAUAAAAUAUUUCCACUGGUACUAAGAUUGUACAUUUUCGUAUAUCUAAACCUUUAAGGCUGCUGCCCUUUUGCAUUAGUAACAUCCUCGUUCUUCAGAUUUAGAUUCAGUCUUUAACAUUUUGACAUCUCUUUGCAGCUUAGCUCUCGUGCACUGCCCACUCACCAAUAUGAUUUUUGGGGCGUUAUUUUGGCCCAUUACAAACAGAACGGAAACCAUAUUUUCUUGUAGGCCUAUUCUGUUAGAUCUGGGCCAGAGUUUGGGGGCAGAAACCACAGAUAUUGUGUACAUGCUAUCUCCUGAUUGGGGGCGUUGUUUCUGUUGAAUUCAUCUUACACAGUUGUUCUAAAAAAUUAGCAGUGCAGCAGCAGUAUAAGGUACUGAAAUAAGAACACACUGGUUCAGAGUAAGUAAUGCAGUUUUCCUAUUACGUCUCAUACAGUGCUUUAGCAGUUGAUAUCAUCAGUUUUCGAGUAUAUAUCUCUGCUGAGAGUAACUUGUGGACGACAACAUUAUUAUUUGAAUCGUCAGGUAAAUAUUACGCAGCCCUGGGAACCUCAGUUUAUCCAUUCCUUAACCUCCCCACCUUGUGCCAAAACAGAAAGCAGCUCUGCUGGAGCUGCAGUGGUUAUAAGAAGGCCAAAGUCGGGUAAUUGCUCAUGUCAGUGAUUACUACAUCAGAUGUAUAUUUUUGGUUGCCACUCCUCAAGUCGGUAGUGGUGCAGUUCUUGCAUUCCACAGCUUUUGCAGAGCUGGACCUUUCAGUGUUCCCUUUUAGCCUUAAAGUGACACUACUCAGUAUUUUUGAAAGGAGAAGCCCUUUGCGUCAUCACUCAUGUUCUGUUUGUGACUGAGGUCUUUAGCUCUGAGGGUGUUGCUCCCUCUAUCCUUUCUUUGCUCCACAGGAAUGAGUGAUAUGUCAUUGAUGAAGCCUUAAUUGAUGUGCAAGUCGGAAUCUUUUUUCAUGAUUUGCAAGUUUUUUGUCUCUUGAAAGAAAUAAACACUGUUAAAGCACUUUGUAUAUAGAAAAUAGUCAUAUUUAGAGUUAUGUAUAUUUGAGUUUAAUAUAUGAGAUAUUGAUCAACAGUGUGUGCUCGGAUUAUUUUGGCUUCCCUCAGCCUAACGUAUCACCUCUUCACCUUGUCUAAGAAUACACAGCCAACAGGAAUGAUGAUAAUGUCAAGUGACAUAAUGACGAUUCAUCACUUUUUGGUGUGUUUUUUAAUAUGACAUAUAACAUUUAUUAUUUUAUUUUAUAAAAAGUUUUUUUGUUUUCUUUAAAAGCAACUGAAAUUUACAGAAUGUCUUGACUGACAGCAUAAUACAGAUAUAGAAAUAUAGAAUAUAAAUUAUUAGGCCCCCUCCUGGCAGAAACGAGGAAACACAGUUAUUCUGCAAGUUUCAAUAUUUGGUUGAAACAUUGUGCAUUGUCCUUAUUAUGCUUGAUCAGAAUUAACUGAUUUCAACUAAAGUUUUUGAUUGUUUUUUUUUGUUGUUGUUGUUUUAAUUAAGAAGAGGAAAACAUAUUUUAUGACGUGGCACACAGUUUAUUUCCAGUCACUUUAUUGAUCAGGCUGUGCAGUGUCUGAGGUGCCAAACACCCGGGACACUCAGUUGUGGUUCUGACUGUGGCCAGACCUCCACUGUCAGAGCCCACACAUGGUGUCAGACACUGUGUGUGUAUCUACCACAGGAGGAGCUAGAAAAGCUAUAAGACAGAUAAUGAUUGUGAAUAAUAUUGGGAGGCAUAGUUUGGAGAGGAGUGGAGCUUUCCUUGAGGUUUAAUACGAAACAGUGGUGUUCACAACAGAUGUUGGGAAUUCGCUCAUACAAAUAUGCAAAGUGUUAACUGUACAUAAUAUAUAAAUGUUUAUCAGAGCUUCAUUUUCCAUCACCUAAAACUACAAGAAUCAUUUUUUCACUAUGUCUGAAAAUGAAUAUUGACUGUAUGUACGUAUGAUGUAUGUAAUUGGGAUUGUGUGUGUAAGUUCUUUCCUUUCUUUGGCUCAUUUGCAGUGUGGUUUUAUUGGUUUGGUUCCAGUUUGCCAAGUCAGGCUGGGGCUGCAUUGCACCGCUACGUUUAGUGAUCUUCUUUUUUGUAUACAGUUGUACACUCAGUGUUUGUCCAUCCAAUCUGUCUCUUGGAUGAUGUCAUAUUUUCACCCACUGUCCUGUCUAAUAUACAUUUCUAACAUGAAAUAUAUUUGAAUAAUGAUCCAUCAGUAGACUAAUCAGUGUGCAUGUACAUAUGCCAACUGUGU